ACACACGUGGACAUGUCUGAAAACUUGCCAUGAAGGAACCAGGGCCACUUUCGAAAGAGGUCCAAGAACGAGUGGACUGGAAGAAAUGGAAAGAGGGACGGAAGGAGGAGAAGCGCAGAAGGAAGGAGGAAAAAUUGAUUACACAGAUGGAGAAACAGAAGAUGAAGGAAUUGAAGGAAAAAAAGGCUCAGGCAGAGAAGGAAGAAAAGAGUAAUGGUCGCUCAUAUACAUUGAGUGUGGCACUGCCGGGGUCCGUCCUGGAUAAUGCACAGUCACCUGAGCUGCGCACGUACCUAGCAGGGCAGAUCGCUCGUGCCUGUACCGUCUUCUGUGUUGAUGAAAUAGUUGUGUUUGAGGAACAAGGAGAGGACGUGAAAAACACUGAGGGGGAGUACAAGGGUGUUGGGAAGAAGGGACGAGCAUGUGUCCAGCUCGCACGCAUUCUCCAAUACUUGGAGUGUCCACAGUACCUGAGGAAAGCAUUUUUCCCUAAACAUCAGGAUCUACAGUUUGCAGGUCUCUUGAACCCUUUGGAUAGUCCUCAUCACAUGCGUAUGGAUGAGGGGGCGGAGUUUCGGGAAGGACUGGUUCUUGAUAGGCCUUGCAAGGCGGAAAAGGGCUCCUAUGUGGACUGUGGCAUGAGAAAGGAGGUUCGGAUUGACAAGCAGCUUCAGCCAGGGUUAAGAGUAACAGUGAAACUCCACAAGGAUCAGGAAUCGGGUUCUAAAUGCUAUAAGGGUCUAGUGGUGGCUCCCCAUGUUCCUCGCACAGAAAAAGGGCUGUAUUGGGGUUAUACUGUCCGACUUGCUUCCUGUCUCAGUGGUGUAUUUACUGAAUGUCCUUUUAAGGAAGGCUAUGACAUCACUAUUGGAACCUCUGAAAAAGGAAACAAUGCAGACAACGUUACAAUAUCCCCAUUCAGGCAUAUGCUUGUGGUGUUUGGUGGGUUGUCAGGUCUGGAAGCUAGUGUCGAAACUGAUGAUAACCUGGACGUUUCUGACCCAAGUUCUUUGUUCAACUUGUACCUCAACACUUGCCCCUCACAGGAGGUCGGGUGGUGCCACCACCACCCCCGCUGCAGCCGACAUGCUGCCGGCAACCUUGAGCAACCGCCGGACGACCAAGAGACCCUGUUCCUGACCGGGACAGUGGGUAUGGGCGGGGAUCGUGCCCAGUCAGGGUUGCACAGACCGGGAUCAAGGCGCUUGUGCGACAGCCCCGCCACCACGCUCUGGGCCCCCAACAACACGGCCAACCUCAGCGGAAACAUUCUGCUGGCCCCCGCGGCCCCUCCCCUGGCCAUGCCCCUGGCGACGGCCUCUGCUGAGGUCAUCCAGCCCCCCGAGGACGGGCCCCUAGACCUGCAGCUCAGCAACAGGCCGCCCUUGCCCUCUGAGAACCUGGAGAACCCACCCGACCACAGCCUUCUAAGCUCCGCUCCUCAGGCAAGUCUGGGUUACGCCUCCCUGCUGGUGUCGACGCCCCCUGCCGAGGCGCUGAACCAGUCUGUGCUGAUUGCGCCUCCCUCCUCCAAUUACAGUGUGAUUCCACCUCAGAACCUUGCCCAUGCAUCGCACCAGAACAGCUUUGCAGAAAUGCCUCCGCCGUCGCCCCUUGCAGCCAAUCAGACGCUGUUUUUCCCUCAAGCGCCCAAAUGCUUUACCCCUUCUUCCAAUCAAAGUCCACUCAACUUGGCGCCGGAGACCAAGGAAGCUGCCAAGCCCCUCCCUCUGCUCACCAACACCCAAUCACUUCGAGGGGACAGUCUGUCCACGCCGCCGGCUAAUUCCCAACCUUUACCUUCUUCCUCUGCAGCCAAUCAGAUCCAGCCUUCAAAUUAUGAGCUCCUUGAUUUCUCUAUGCACCAAUCUGUAAGCUCCAAUCAGGCGCCGGCUCCGCCUCUGCCGCAGCUGGCCAAUCCAGCAGCGCAGGUGGGUAAUGCUCCCGGUUCCGGUUUCUACCUGCAGGUAACCAAAGAUGCCCAGCAGGGUACGCAAGGAGAGGGCGACGCUACCGCCACACCGGAGCGCGCCCAUCUACCGAGCGUGCCCACGGGUGUUGCCCAGCCAUCCGCCGCAGCCUCCGCUCAGCAGCCCCUCCCACGGACAUCCUCAGCCACAGCCAUGCCCUCAGCAGUGCCCGCAGUGGUGCCAGUGGCCGUGCCCACCCCUCUCCCUGAACCUUACCCUGUCAUGCCUCCUCCAGCCAUGCCUCCUCCCUCUAUGCUUCCUCCUUCUAUGUAUCCUCCUCCUGCUGUUGCUGCCCCCCUGGAGGCCCUCUUCCCCUGCCCCAUCCCCAACCCCAACCCUCACCCCACGGCGACCCUGCCCGUCCUCCAUCGGUGGCGGGAGGAGUUCCACCCUAUGGGGCUCCCCUUCCUCCUCCAGGGCCCGGCCCCGCAGGGUACUAUGGCGCCGGCUACCCAGAGUAUUACGACGGCAGAGCACCAUACAUGCCAACCUAUCCGGUGCAGGACCCCCGAGCCCAGCCAUAUCAACAGGAUGACCCAUAUCGCAGGGCUGACCCGCGGUACAAUCGGUAUGAGGCCGAGAGGCAACCUGAAAGACCCAGCUCCCGCUCAAGCCAGUACUCAGAGAGGUCGCACUCCAGCCGACAGGGCUAUGAAGACUACCAGCCCCCGCUCGUACUGCCCAAGAUGA